AAGCUACUGCGGCAGCUGACCGGCGGAUACCUGCUCGGAUUGUCUGGUUUGCACUAAUAGUAGCUGUGGGAGGUGGAUGCGGAGGCCGGGGGUCCGCAGCUCUGUGGGAUCACACCUCAGGUAUCCGUUCACUCUGCCAUGCUGGUUACAUCUUGGUAUUUAUACCUCGCAGCUCGGAGCCUCGCCAAACAAUUGAACAUGGCCUCAAUUCUGCAGAAGCUGCUAACUCCGCUGUUCAGCGGCCCUCCUGAGCCCCCCAGGAAUAAAGUGACAGUGGUGGGCGUGGGGCAGGUCGGCAUGGCCUGUGCUAUAAGCAUCCUGCUCAGGGAGCUGGCUGAUGAACUUGCCCUGGUGGACGUGAUGGAGGACAAGCUGAAAGGAGAAAUGAUGGACUUACAGCACGGCAGCCUCUUCCUCAAAACCCACAAAAUAGUCGCAAACAAAGACUACUCCGUGUCAGCGAACUCCCGCAUCGUGGUGGUGACGGCCGGAGUCCGUCAGCAGGAAGGGGAGAGCAGGCUGAACCUCGUCCAGAGAAACGUCAACAUCUUCAAGCACAUUGUCCCUCAGAUUGUACGAUACAGCCCCGACUGCACCAUCAUUGUGGUUUCCAACCCAGUUGAUGUGCUGACCUAUGUCACCUGGAAACUGAGCGGCCUCCCCAAGCACCGCGUCAUCGGCAGCGGCACCAACUUGGACUCGGCGCGCUUUCGCUUCCUGAUGGCCGACAAACUGGGAAUCCAUCCCAGCAGCUUCAACGGAUGGAUCCUGGGCGAGCACGGAGACACCAGUGUGCCCGUGUGGAGCGGAACCAACGUGGCGGGGGUCAACCUGCAGACGUUGAACCCGGACAUCGGCACCGACUGCGACGAGGAGAACUGGACGGAAACGCACAAGAUGGUGGUGGACAGUGCCUACGAGGUGAUCAAACUGAAGGGUUACACCAACUGGGCCAUCGGGCUGAGCGUAGCUGACCUGACAGAAAGCCUCAUCAGGAACAUGAACAGGAUUCAUCCCGUGUCCACCAUGGUGAAGGGCAUGUAUGGGAUCAGUAACGAGGUGUAUCUGAGCCUGCCCUGCGUGCUGAACGCCGGAGGCGUGGCCAGCGUGGUCAACAUGAGCCUGACGGAGGACGAGGUGGCCCGGCUGCAGGCCAGCGCCGGCACGCUGUGGGACAUCCAGAAGGACCUGCAGGACGUCUGAGCGCACAGCAAGGGGCCGUGCGGCCCUUCGCCCCCGACGUACCAUCACAUCUGCGGUCACUAAACGUCACGCGGCGCCACCUUCCAUUCACUGCCCAACGUAGAUCCACGGGAGUUUAUUCCCAUCAAACGUAGCCGUAGCUGUCUGUUUGUGACAUUGGCUCUCUCUCACCGACCAGUGUGCUGGACGGUUUAUCUAAAACGUUACCAUGACAACGUGAACAAGCUAACACACGGAAAGCGCCGACUUUAUUGUUUUUAUCGGCACGUGGGUGCAUUUUGUGAUGCACCGCCCUGCGAUGGAAACGGAACAUGAUGAUGUCAUAAAAUGGACAUUUUUAUCACAGACUUGAACCAGUAAAUUAACUCUUAAUAAAUGUUUUAGUUCACAUGUGUUUAUUAGAUGAGCAUGUUGUUUGUGAGGAAAGACGACUGAACGCAGGUAAAACAUUGUUAUGCAGUUUAGGUGUCCUAGAAUAAAAGCUUUAAUGGUUGCAUAAUAUGAGAGCCUUUCUUGCACAGAUAGUUUUAGAGAUUUUAAGGAUUAAACUGUCACUGCUGGUGACCUUUGAUUGACUCCGUCACCGUUAGUUCAGGCUGCCAUGUCCAAUAAAACUCCCAGACGGUGUGAUGAUGAA